AUGCAGUUCCUCCUCUCAGCUUGGGCAUUUGCACAAACUAUAUUUGACUUCACGCUCAUCUCCAACUAUGACAGCAUGUCACUCACUCCUGGCACCAGGCAUGCACAUGGCCUGAGACAAUCAAGAGCGCAUGCAGCUGCCUCCGAUGCCGCCAUGCGCGCCUUCAAAGUGGAAGCCCUCGCAAGCAACGCGAGCUUCCUGCAGAGGCUCGACCCCGACGGCUGUCACCACGUCUCCCACAAUUUCCUGAACUACCAGACCUACCCUGGUUAUGACAACCCAAUCGGAAUCAGCGGGCCUGGGCCAAACGGGAGCAUCUGGAUUACCAUGCGCGGAGCCCCAGACAGCGGUAAAAACUCCAACGUCGUCCUCCGGGAAGAGCUCUGCGUCGUCGGUCCCCUCGACCCCAACGGCAGCCACUACCACGACUGCGAUGAGAUCGACAUCGCCGAGAUCUACGAUGGCGGGAACAACCAAGCCGAAUUCACCUUCUACACCGGCUCUGGCUCGUACAUCCCGGGCCAGCAACCGAAGCACCAGGGCGGCGGGGUGUACACCGACACCACCAAUGGCGCGGCUGGCCAAGAGUUUUACAAGUACCAGGUGUAUUUGGAACGGGGAAGUAUCUCACGUUCACUAUUGCGGAUGUGA